CAAAAAAAAAAAAAAAAACAAAACAUUAUCAUCAUCCAACAAUAUAACGUCGCGUCUCGUCUUCGUCUUGAAACGUGCGUCGUGUGCCCCUCUCUGUCGCACUUCUCAGCCUGUUGGACUUUGUUUGGCUACUUUUUUGGGGCCAACUAUUAUGCCACUUUUGUAAGUCAUGGUGGCAUCUACGUGACUUAGUUUUAUUACUACAACUGAAAAUUAAAACCAAAAAAAAAAAAAAAAAUUGAAAAAAUUCAAUUCGAAUCGAAUUGAUAUAAAAGUGAUAUGCAAUCAAUGAAAAAGUAUCAAUCGUAGUUUUGUAGUUAAUCCGAAAUUAACUUCUCCUUAUCUUUAUAUAAAAAAAAUAAAUAUUUUUUUUUUUUUUUUGUAAAUCACAAUGAAAGUCAUAUUGAUGAUUGCGUGUACAUUGGCAGUAGCUGUGGCUAGGCCAGAGCCGCCCAGUGGACGUUAUGGGCCUCCAGCGGCACCACAACAAAAGUACGGACCACCACCAGCUCCUCAAAAAGACUAUGGCCCACCGCCAGCACCAGCCCAGCAAUAUGGCCCUCCACCAAAACCACAACCGCUUCCUGUUUACGGACCACCAGCUCCAUUCUAUGGACCACCAGCUGCUGAAAAUAUAAUCACCAAGAACGUUUAUGUUCACGUGCCACCAGAGGAACCCGAGGAGUAUCCUCUUAGUGCUCCAAUUCAAAUUUCACAACCCAAGAAGCACUAUAAAAUCAUUUUCAUCAAAGCACCAAAUCCACCCUCGCCAGCCGCACAAGUUCUGCCACCACCACCACAGGACGAACACAAAACUUUGGUUUACGUUCUUGUCAAGAAACCCGAACCCCCAGCACCGCUGAUUUUGCCAACACCAGCACCAACCGAACCAAGCAAGCCAGAGGUUUACUUUAUCAAGUACAAGAAUGCCGCAAAACCAGCCCUCGAAUACGGUCCACCGCCAUCGAAGCCAGCAGAAGAAUACGGUCCACCAGAAAAGUUCUAAAAUAAUCAUCACACACACACACAGAUUCUCUCUCUCUCUCUCUAAAAAGGAAA